GCAAGAAGCUGCCUCGGAAGAGCAAGCUCUGUCGUGUUGUGAUGCCGUAUGAGAGAUCGCUGCAUCAUGCAGAGGACACCAGCAACACUACAAAUUGGCUGCAUCUUUCCAGACCCAAGUAUAUUUGCAGUGGAGAAUCCAGCAACCCCCAGGCCGGGCUGGCCUGGAAGGAGGAGUUGCAAAAUGCGGAAAGCUAUCCGAUGCAAGAGUAUCGUACUUGAUCGUACCACCAGUGGUCCUGCAUAACUUUAUGGCCUAAGGCAUCAAAUCAGCAAAAUUACAUCAUCAAAUUUUUGCAUAGAUAUACGUUAUAAUUUUCUAUGGCAAAUAAACCACCACCUAUGCGAUACUUUUGCGAUGCAUAAAAGCCUGCGCAAGGACAAGGAAUUUUUCCAGGCGAUGCAGUGCGUGCAACGCGCGUUUGAAGCUUGGGAGAAGGCGUACUUUCUGCCCAAGGACGAGUCAGAUACCGAGGAUACCGGUACAACUGGUGGCUCCAACAGAACUACUACUCCGAAUGGAACCACGAGCAACAAGCUUCACCAUCCGCCACACCAGCUUCAGUUCGAGUCUGUUGAGCAACUUUUGAAGCGCGCUGGGCAGAAGGUAGAAAAUAUCGCAGAAAAAAAACCUAGCAGGGUAGUGCAUUUGAUUUGCAAAAAUAAAAUUAGCAACAUGUUGGCUUUUAGCACAUGCCAGACAGAAAAUUCUUUUCAUGCUUUUACAAUUUGUGCAUAUAUGCAGAUGAAAAUAUGCCUGGGUAGUUUUCUUUCUGUGUGAUAGAGAAGUCGCAGCACGCAAUCCGGGAGAUCAUCCAAGCGCAGCUUUGCGGCGACAAUGCGAGCACCUCCUCGUCCUACGAGAACUACAAGCACCUGUGCCUGAGCGACCCGCAGCAGUUUUGCAACAAGGUUUUGCUCCCGUUGUUUCGGGAUUUGGUUGCCGCGGACAAAGUGGUCGGGCGCACGGUGAUUGGGAUCAUCCGCAAGGAAAUCUCCGCACUGUACCUGCAGCGAGCUGGGCUUUUAGAGGACUUGCAAGCUUUUUCCCGUGCAAAGGUGGAGUACCAAGCAAUUUUGAGUGUGAUGUUCUUGGAACAGGAGCAGGAAAUGAUGAACAGCAACAAAAGUGCACUGUCGGCUGGAACCACAAGUAGCGACAGCGAGCAGCAAGAAAUGACGGCAGCGGAGAUCCGGGAUUUUGUCCUCGAUCGGAUGCGGUAUUGCAGUUCGCAAAUCGGCGCUGGUAGUUCAUCCAGCACGGCGAACAGUCGAAGCUCGAGUAAGUCUUUGAGCAGUAGCGGCGCAGGGGCAGUUCCGGUUGCUGCAAACAGCAAAACAGAAGCGGAGGCGCCGGAAAGUGGCUUUGGUGGUCCUGUUGUUAAGUUACUAGAGCCAGAAAUAAUUACAACAACAUCUACUACUUCCACUUCGCAUUGUGUUGCCGAGGCGUGUCAGCAGGAGGACGCAGAACGAGCAGAGCACAAAGCAGCAUCACAAAGUACUACAGCUGUUCCGGCAAAAAGUAAGCCGGCAGCUAGGCCGAAGAAAAUUCCUGUGACGAUUCUUACUGGCUUCCUAGGGUCGGGAAAAACUACGCUACUGAACAAGAUUUUGAAGGAAACCAACGCAAAUUUAGACACGAGAACUUCUGUAGCAGACGAUGAAAAAGGAGGAACUACAAAGACAGAGUCCUUGGCAGUAGACACGACGAGGAAGCGAAUCGCCGUAAUCGAAAACGUAUGGAUUGCAAAAAUGUCUGGGUCUGGAAGAUUGCCAGAUUUGUCAUGCAGGUUUUCCAUAACCCAUGAGGUCUGGUAUGUAGGACAUAGCGUGACAGAUUCUGCGAAGCCUUUCCAAUGCCUAUCCUGCAUGAGAAACUGCCUCUCGAUUAGGUCAAAAAUGCACAACUUUUGGCAAUCAUGCAACACAGUUUUUUUCCUGAUUCAGAUUUAGCAUGACAAGUUGCAUUCUUCCAGACCCAGGCAUUUUUACAUUUGAUAAAAUGAAUUCGGCGAAGUGGGGAUCGACGACAGCUUGAUAUUAUGAAUUGCAAAAGUAUCGUACUCGUAGUAAUUGCAUUCAUCAUGCAUUACAAAUCUUUUUCUUCUGGUAAAUUCGCAUUACAAACUUCAUUUCCCAUGCUGAGGAAAUUUGUCAUGCGAUUCAUACUAGUGCGAUACUUUUGCAAUGCAUAAAUAUUCCAAAAAGAAGACCUCGGGGAGGAAAUGUUGAUCGAAAUGAACAACGGCUGCAUUUGCUGCACCGUACGGGGGGAUUUGAUAAAAGGCUUGAAAAACCUGUUGAAUCGAACGGGGUCGAGAAUGACGGAGGACGAGGAUGCAACAGGACACACAACCCCGCCGGCCACAGUAUGCAUUGCAAAAGUAUCGUAAUUGUCGAGGAAAAAGUACAGUCAUGCGUGACACAUCUUUUUCCCAAGAAGCUGGUGCUGCACCAGCAUGGCAAAUUCCAUUUCUAAUGCCGAGCAAGUUUGUGAUCUAAUUUGAAUUUCUAUUCUUACAAGAAAAUAUGAUACUGUUGCAAUUCAUAUAAAGUUUCGAUAUCAACAAGCAACACGUUCAAAAUCGACCACGUGAUAAUCGAAACCACCGGUCUCGCGGACCCGGCGCCGGUCGCGCAAACGUUUUUCGUUGACGCCGAAAUCCAGCGGUAUUUUAAACUCGACGGAAUCGUCACGGUCAUUGAUGCAAAACAUUUCUUGCAACACUUAGACGAGGAGAAGCCGGCGGGGGUGGAAAACGAAUGUCAUGAACAGGUAGAAUUUCAUUUGGAUAUUGAUAUUUUUUUUUCCGUAGUACUACAUACUGUAGUUAUUCGCAAUGUUCAUGUUGAUGAUUUUGAAUUUGAUCAAAUGAGUAGGUUUUUGAAUAGCGAUGGUGUGGUAUACUUUUGUUUGUAGAUGUUAGCAAAAAUCAAUUGAGUUUGAGAUGGUUUUUGGGACUUUUUCUGACGCAACUGACGCAAACCUUUUGCAGCCCUCACGCAAAACUGCACUUUUCCUGCCCAAUGCCGAGAAUGCGCUCGUGAUUAAAGUAAAAAAUCAAAAGAUUUCAUCCACGCGCUGGAGUUCUUUAUCCAAUGAAUUUGCCCAGGCCCACGCUCACACACCAACCGCGACAGCAGAAGCCGUAGCUGCCGCUGCGAAGCCAUUAAAGCCCGCGCCGCGCUGCGAAUGCGACAGUGAUCAUGCGCCCACUCUAGCCGCUCGCGGAUCCUCGUCCGCUGCACCUGCAUACGAAAUGCAUGUAGCAUAAAUUGCGCCCAAAGAAAUUUGUUGUGAUGUUGUUCGCUAUCGCUCGACGUCCCGGUGAUUUUGUUCUUUGAAUUCUCUCAAUUAUUUAUUUUGUUCGAUGGCAGCUAGUGAAUUGUGAUGAAUCAAUUUGAAAAUGCGACCUACUGCAGAUAUCAAUCACCCUCCCAAUGCAGCAAAAAAAAAAAAAACUUUCUAUUAGGUUGCCUUUGCCGACCGCAUCCUGCUGAACAAGUGCGACCUCGUUGUGGAAGAGGCGCUGACGAAAUUGAACGCGCCCAACCCGCACGCGGAGUCGAAGAAAAUUCUAAGCAGCAUCAAGCAGCGGAUACGGAAGAUCAAUUCCGUCGCGAGCAUCAAGGAGACAGUGCGGUUCGAGAAUCUCGACGUCGCGAAAGAAGUUUUAAUACCAAAUGUAAAAAUAUCAGGGUCUGGAAGAAUGCAAACUUGUCAUGCAUAUUUUCCAUGCCCCAUGAGGUCUGCAAUGCAGGACUUAGCAUGACAGGUCCUGCGACGUCCCUAUCAUGUCUGUCCUGCAUGACAAACUGCCGCUAAACUUGUUCAAACGUGGACACCUUUUGGUAAUCAUGCAAAACAAAUUUUUGUACUAUCCAGACUUAGCAUGAUAAGUUGCAUCCUUCCAGACCCAGACAUUUUUGCAAUGCAUAUUUAAACCAGAAAGCGUUCCAACUCGACCGGAUUCUGGAGAUGGACCCGGAAUUUCUGCUGGAAGCCGGAGCCGACCACCAACACGACGAGUCGAUCUUCAGCGUGGGGAUCGAUCUAUCUGCGAGUUGUGCGUCGACUACAUCAUCAAGCGGAACUACAUCAACAACUUCCAGCGCAGUAGCAGCGGGGAGAAAAGAUUUUACAGCUGAGGCAGAUCAACCGUUCCUGUUCGACUUGCAGAAGCUGAAUGUUUGGUUCCAGGAACUGCUGAAAACGAAAGGGGUCGACAUCUUCCGCAUGAAGGGCGUGGUGUGCGUGAAGGACGUGGAAGGGGCAGGAGAUAAACAACGGCCGCUGAUGAACAAACCGACUGGGAGCAAGGGCAAGAGCAGUAACUUUGCAGUCUUCGCAUUUCACGGAAUUCACAUGCAGUUGCAAACGGAGAAGUUGGUGUUUGAGAACCGGAAGGAUAAAGCCGGUCUACUGGAAAAGGUCAAUCGAAUGGUUUUCAUCGGGAGAAAUCUCGACCGCGAGUUCUUGACCACGGGUUUCAAAGGUUGUCGAUGGACGCCGGGAAAUCCAGCAGAACUAUCAGAUGGUACUGGCGGUCGGAAAGUGGCAGGCGGCGCUUUUGGUUUUGAAGCUGGUAGCAGUGCUGGCAAAACGGCGAACAUGAUGGUGGGUACGGUGGUGGAGGAAGAUGAGAUUCUGCUGUGAGGAGAUCUGCGAAAUUUGGAUUUUUCUUGAAGAAGCUAAUAUUAUGAACUUUUGAUUUUUAUUUUGCCUCUGACUCUACUACUAGCCCCACCUCCUGCGAGGUUGAAUUCGCAUGCUUUCUGUUUCUCUCCGCGCACACGCACCAAAAUUACAUCUCAGAACAGGAGCAGAAAUUUGAAUGGCUGUUUCGUUUCGCCAAAAAAGUGUUUCACAAAGGCUCGAAGAAUGUCAAUUGCAACAGCCGCGUUGUGCUUGUGGCUGAACUUAAGCUGAGCAACUCGCAAGUUGGUUGUUUUAUUCUCC